AUGGGUUGGUUCACAUCCGACAACUACAUCACGAACCAAGUGGAAAUGAACACCACGGAAAUGAAAAUCCUAGCAGGCGCGUGCGUGACAAUGGUGGUUGUGAUCAUCGCGUAUCUCCUGCUGAGACUUCACAGCAAGUACAUGAAAAAGGGGAUCAAAAACGUGGUUCAACACGAGAUCCAACUGAACAAUGUGAACGGCGCAUGGACGUUGCCAAAUUUCGUUUGUGAUUUCUACAUAGCAAUGGAUGUGAUAUGCUCAACGUCGUCUAUAUUUAAUCUAGUGGCAAUAUCAAUAGACAGAUACAUCGCCGUGACGCAACCGAUCAAGUACGCCAAGCACAAAAACAGCCGCCGGGUCUGCCUGACGAUCCUGCUGGUGUGGGCCAUCUCGGCGGCGAUCGGGUCACCGAUCGUGUUAGGACUAAACAAUACGCCCGAUCGGGUGCCCGAUCUGUGCGUUUUCUACAACAGUGAUUUUAUAGUGUACUCGUCGCUAAGUAGUUUUUAUAUACCGUGUAUCAUAAUGGUGUUUUUAUACUGGAAUAUUUUUAAGGCCCUACGAAAGCGAGCGAAAAAGCAACGUGCAGCCCGCAAGCCCCACAUAUCGGAGAUCACCGCCGGCGGUAGUCUGAUAGAGAACAUUGCUCAAACGAAGGUGGCCACGGAGACGCAGCUGGACGGCAGCACCAAGAGUGCCGGUUCCUGUAAGGUCCUGCCAGACGAGGCGCCCACCAACACGGCGUCCGGUUCAAACGAAGAGGACGACGACAAUGCGGGGUCCCCUGACAUUGAUGACUGUCAUGUGAUUGUGAACGAUAAAUCAACAGAAUUUAUGUUGGCCACGGUCGUGGAAGAAGCUGGAAAGUAUGUGUGUCACAUUUUUCGUUUGUUCUGUGAUCUGAAGCUUUCGUUCUGUUUUCCCGAAGCUCGGUUGUAG